CUUACGUGGUGACUCAAGGCCAUCUAUCGGGUUCAAUUGGGCCACAUCACCUCCAUCCGUGCUCGGAUCCUCUUCCAGCAGCUCGACCAUUUGUGCUUCGGCUUCAGUCCAGCCCCAGCCUCUGUCACCCGAAGCGGUAGAUCUUGUUCGCAGCUUUGGGACGAAAGGCACCCACAGCGAGACAGUAUCACGCACGCGCGCACGCACACUCGCGCGACGAGAUUUCAUUCAAGCAGCAAGCAAAAGCGCCAGCGAGCAGCGAUACCGUUGAACAUGGCGACGACCGGAGGAAGGAGCGUAGCCCGCGUUUACCCAAAUGCAAACGAGAAGUUCGGGAGGCAAUGGUGGGACUAUGACAACCUGACUGUGCAGUGGGGCACCCAAGACCACUACGAGAUUCUGCGCAAAGUUGGGCGAGGAAAGUACUCGGAAGUGUUCGAGGGCGUCAACGUCGGCUCACCAGCGCCAUCACCGGCUCAGCAACAGCAGCAGCAGCAUGCGGGGACGAGCGGGACAUCCAACGGCGCGAACGGAAACGUUGCUGGGCUGACUAUCCCUGAGAAAUGCAUCAUUAAAGUUUUGAAGCCGGUUAAGAAGAAGAAGAUCAAGAGGGAGAUCAAGAUCUUGCAGAACCUUGCAGGCGGGCCGAACGUUGUUGCAUUGCUGGACGUUGUCCGGGAUCCGCAAUCAAAGACACCUUCGAUCAUUACGGAAUACGUGAACAACACCGAUUUCAAAAUCCUUUACCCCAAGUUUACCGACUUUGACGUCCGCUUCUACCUCUUUGAGCUGUUGAAGGCCCUCGACUUUUGCCACUCGCGAGGCAUUAUGCAUCGCGAUGUCAAGCCACACAACGUAAUGAUCGAUCACGAGAAGAGGAAGCUGCGCUUGAUCGACUGGGGGCUGGCAGAAUUUUACCACCCUUACACCGAGUACAAUGUCCGCGUCGCAUCACGAUAUUUCAAAGGGCCAGAACUGCUCGUCGACUUCCAAGAGUACGACUACUCUUUGGAUAUGUGGAGUCUCGGGUGCAUGUACGCGAGCAUGAUCUUCCGAAAGGAGCCAUUUUUCCAUGGCCACGACAACUACGACCAACUGGUCAAGAUAUGCAAAGUUCUGGGGACGGAUGAACUCUACGCAUACUUGGAGAAGUACGAAAUUGAGCUGGAUCCGCAAUACGACGACAUCUUGGGGAGAUACCAACGGAAGCCAUGGUCACGUUUUAUUACAUCCGAGAACCAGCGGUACAUAUCAAAUGAUGCUAUCGACUUCUUGGACAAGCUUCUGCGCUACGAUCACCAGGAGCGGCUGACGGCGAAGGAAGCUCAAGAUCAUCCGUACUUCGAUCCUGUCAAAGCAGCAGCGGCACGCGGGGAGGUGCCAAACUGAAUGAGACGUUGCGAAUGCGAUUGGAGCGCAUAUGCAGUUGGCACUCCGCAUGGGGACGGAAAACACUUGCAUGGCCUCCAUUCGCCAUUCCAUAGAUCCUCAACACAGCACUUCCGGCAAUGGGCACUUGAGGAGGCGACUCCCAAAAAAGAGACUCGUCGAUAGACAUGAGACUUCUGAAUCCACUCUUUUGUACGCAUACCAAGUGUGCCACGACUCGACUACACGCAUUUGACGAUUUUAGGCCCAGACACUCCCGCACCACCAGCCGGGUGACAUUGCACGCCUGAGCGGCCUGAAGUACUACAAUGCCGGCGCACCUCAGCGGCGGCUACGUAGACGCAAAUCGAAUUCCAGAAUCUUCGCAUGCAGCGAUGUUAGGUCGAGUGCAUUUAACUACAUUCCGAGAACAAUCUGCUGG